CACACACACACACACACACACACACACAGACGGCAGCAGUAGCAGCAUCUCAUCUCAGCACCACACAAAGCUAAAUGUGUGAGCAGUGACGAGCCCUCGGACCGCUGCUGCUGCUGCUGCUGCUGCUGGGACAGAUAUGGACACAUGGCCGCCGAGCUGCGACUAGACAUGUAGGUGCAAGGAUGGCAGCCAGCUCCAUCUCUCGCUUGCUCCUCUUCGUGUGGAUCUGCGCGCUUCGGGAGGCGCUGGCCAAAUCUCUUCCAGACCAGGGAGCGUUUGAGGUGCAAAUCAAAGUCCAGGUGUUCGACAACAGCGACCUGUCACCGCUGGCGGACGCUCAGGUGGAAGUUCAUGGCAACCAAACCAUCUUAGCGUCCAGCAGGGCCGGCAGCGAUGGUGUUGUGAGGGUCAGCUUCCUGUACCGCACAGGAACAUGGGUCAUCAUCACAGCCUCCAAACAAGACUACGUCACCAACUCUGUGCCCUGGCACUCCAGCCGCAUCCCCUUGUACGCAUCAGUCAGCCUGUACCUCCUGGUGCAGAGGCCAGGAACACUUAUUCUGUACGAUGACGUCCUGCAGGUGCUGUCCGGGUCACCAGGAGCUCGUAACCAGCCGCUGGUGCAGCUCCAGAGGAAGUCCCUUCAGCUGCCCUCCAACUCCAACUACACGGCGCUCUCUGCUGCGCUGACCACAGCCAGGACUCAGUAUGAAAUCGGCGGUUUCCCGUUCCUCCUGGGCCAAGAGACCAACAGCUCAGGUGCAGAAACAGGAUGGACAGACCUGACAGCUUUGGCCGUGGUCAGCAUUCAGCUCUUUGACAAAGAUGGCCGUGCGAUCCAGGUGUCAGAUCCAAUCCACAUCUCUGUGCCGCUGCCGUCCGACACCCGCAACAGGAUGGCCACGAGUGUGCCUGCUUGGCUGUAUCAGCCUAAGACGGGUCUGUGGGUCAGGAACGGGACGGGUUACAUCAAAAAAGACGGCCCACAGUUUGUGUGGAACGUGGUGGUUCCUCAGAUGGGAUACUGGUUAGCUGCCUUCCCUUCGUCUUCAGGAUUGGGUCUGUCUCAUCCAGGCUUGAGGGACAUCACCACCUACCACACCCUGUUCCUGCUCUCCAUCCUGGGCUCGCUGGCCCUGCUGGUGCUCAUCCUGCUCUGUGUGCUGCUCUACUACUGCAGGUGUGGGGAGCGUAGGCGCAGGCGGAAGUGUUUAAAACCUCGUCGUCAGCAAGGGAAGCCCCACGUGGCCAAUCUAAAUGGCGCAAAGAGAGACCAGGGUACAUCCACGUCACGGCUAAAUCUAAUCUGUGGAGGCCACGUUGAGUCCGACCCCUCCAAUGAUAAAUCUGACAUGUCCCCAUCUCGAGACUACCAGAGCUCAAGGGAGGAUUUAACCAAACAUGUUCCAGCUCACAUGCUGCGACACGCAAAGGGAAAAAAUGCUUCAGGUCCUCAGCGGGGUGAAAGCUUCCCCAUGAAGGUCACACGUGCCACAGAGACCAACAACCUGGACAACCCUCUGCUCCAUGAAGACUACAACCGCAGCUACAGCCCCAUGGAGAGCAAGGAGUCUGAAUACCACCGACACCACAACGCCAAUGACAAUCGAGGGUACUCCUCUGAUCCCCCGUCCCCGCCUCGCUUCCAAGGGUACGUGCCAAGCCAGUCCGACAAACCCCCCGAAUAUUCAGCAGCAGCUGCAGACAGCCUCGCCAGACCCACCUCCCUCAACACCCAGCCGGGUCAGAUCAUCUUCUGCAGCUCCAUCGACCAGAUGAAGGAGAACAUGUACCGGAGCAUGGUGCCGACCCUGGUCAUCCCGGCACACUACAUGCGCCUGCCAUCCGAGUUCUCUAAAGACGGCAAAGACCAGAAGGACCAAGAUAAAGACGGUGCACAGAUGGGAGGAGGCCAGCAGCACCAUCACCACCACUCCCAGAAACAAGGCCAGCAGCAAGGUGGAUCCCAGGGUGACGACUCGGAGGAUCCGAGCUGGGCGUCCGACUCCUCCGGCGGACCCGUGACCAUCCCAGUGCUCUUCAACGACUCCACCAUGGCUCAGAUGAACGGGGAACUGCAGGCUCUGACUGAGAAGAAGCUGCUGGAGCUGGGUGUCAAACAGCACCCAAGGGCGUGGUUCAUCUCCCUGGAUGGACGUAAUAAUGCUCACGUGCGCCACUCCUACAUAGAUGCUGGGAAUGACCUCAGUGGCGGUGGUGGAGGUGUCGGUGGAUUCUUAGGUGGUCCCAGCAGCGCCGGCCGAGACGUCAACCUGGAACCACCCCUGGAGUCCCAAGAACGCAAGUCAGGGGUUAACCGGAAGGGAAAAGACGAGCGCUGGGGGACGGGAGGACGGAAGGGCCACGGUGUCAGCAGCAGUGGUGGGAAGUGUUACUCCAAGCUGGCGUACCCCGACCACAGCGAGCCCAGCAGCAGCGAGGGACGCCCGGUGUCACCUGAAGAGAACUCCCUCACCCCUCUCCUCGAUGAAGGUCCAUCCUCCCGAGGAUCCACCAUCCCCAGGAGAGGACGCAGUCGUGUGAACAGCAGCCGCAGCAGCAACAGCGAGAACCGCCGCGACUCCAUGACCAGUCCCGAGGACGAUCCUGACGACAAAGACGAGAACAAGAAAAGCCCCUGGCAGAAGAUCGAAGACAGGCCUCUCAUGGUCUUCCACCCCAGGAAGUGAACUUACUGAACACUUUUAACAAUCUUUGUGGUGAAGGGGGGAAUCUUUCCGCAACAAACAUGGAAGAAGAGUGAUGUUUUCACCGAGAGCGAUCACAAUAAGCACAACCACGCUUCACUGGUCCAUCUUCAGGUUGUUGUUUGACCUUUGUGUUUCUGGUGAGGUGCUUUUGCACUUUCUGAUUCCUCUCGUCGUCUCACUGUCAGUAAACCUCACUGAGAUGAUCCAUCGUACACUGAAACGUACCCAGUUUAUUGUGAAUUCUGUCACCCAUCACAUCACUGAACCAUCGUCUGAGCCAUUGCAUCUACUGACUGUGGAAAUAGCCAUUUUAUAGAGCAAAAUAUAAGAAUAAAGCACUUACUAAUGAUUUGAUAAUUGAUUGAUUAAUACUUUCUAAGUAUCUGGAAGUGGAUUUUUUAUGGUAUUGAUGGGUGUUUAGAUGAAUUAGCUUUCAUUCCCUUGUCUUACACAAAGGCUCACGUGGAUGGUAGAAGCUGUGCGCCUGUGUUUCCUUGACUACUCCCCGUCUCUGAACUGUAACUAAAAUAAGUUUUCUUUCAAAGCAAACAGCUUCCCAAAGCUUGAACAUGUAGGAAACUUAACAGUUGUUCUGACUUUAUUGUUUCUUGAGCCCCUGUGAACGGAUCGUGCAAUCUCUAAAGUCCAACGUGCGACUUGCAUUUUGCUCCUUCAGGGAUGUACUUGAUUUCCUCUUCCUCCUGUGCUGUGUUCAUGUGUUCAAAUUACUACUUAUUCAGAUUUGAAAUGUUGAGCAUCAUCUCUCCGUCAUCCUCUCUGUCAUUGAUUUAUUGCCAAAAUCUCUGCCUUCUCUCCUGACGUCGUUCGGUCGACAGAGAUGCGAUUUCUGCUGUGUAAAUAUAAAGAUUCCCAGACGUUUUGGAAAGACUGUUUGGUUUAGAAAGGUUGCAUGCAUAUGAAUGUAUGAACUAAAACAGAAGGCACCAAAAGCCCCCCAUAGUUCUCCGAGCUCCUGCGUAGACAACCCCUAAUCACCAAGACACGUGGGUGAGUCCAAACUGCAAAAACACCACUUUACUUGAAGACUUCCCUGUUUAAUAUUCUACUGAGAUCUGCAGGGGUUGUUUGUAGACAGGGCCUGUACCACUUCUCUCCUGUAAGUGCCUUCUUUCACAUAGGAUCGAGUGAUAGGCAUGCAGGUCCCUUUUUAAAAUGCAGUUAGUCGUCACCGGGCACUAAUAAGCACACUGCAUUGUGGUAACAACAACAGCGUCACUCUGGGGAGCAUGCCUGCCAAAACUGACAACUUUUCUCGCGGCUUUUCCGUCCUUUAAUAUCUUACUUUCUUGUAUCUAUCCUCUUUUUCACCAAACUUGUAAAUGCUAUGAUGAACUAUAUGAGAUUUUACGUGUAUACGACGUGCAUGUAACGUGUAGAAUAGGGUGUUUUUAAUGAUUUUUUUUUUUUAAUCGAUCCAGGAUGUUUGGCACAAAAAAAAGAUGUGAUGCACAUUGAAUCUCGUUGCCAAAAUGAACUUGGUUAGAAGAAGAAACACUGACUUUUCCCUCAAUCCAGUUCUAACAAAAUUCACUUCCGGUCGUAAAUGUUUACAACGAUAACAUACUGACCAACACGCUCCCGCUGAUACGAGCAUCUCCACUGCCUACGACGCAUCAACAACUGUGAAAUCAAUUACGUCAUCUUGCAGAUAAAAGCUCACCAGUUUGAAACUUGAAGAUGUUUUGAUGAUGAUGAAGUGAAGGCUGUAUAAAAGUCACGCUGACUCGUUGGUCCUUUGCACCAUUUGCUUGCUGUUCAUACGCCUGUGUCAGUAGCCUACAGUACAAGCUGAAAAUGUGAUGUAAUUCAAAGUCUGAAGAAAAACCAUGAAGCCAUGAAACGAGUCCUACUGAACUGUCGUGUCCACUGCUGUAAAUGUACGUUUAACUGGGGAUCAGAUGUGGAAUUAUUAUUAUUAUUAUUAUAAUUAUUAUUAUGAGUUGUGCAAUUGUGGCUUUCCUUGCUUGUUUUUGUUUUACAUGACAAAACGUGUUUUCUCUUUGGUGAACUUGUGUUUUGGACAGAGGUUUACACAAGAACUGAAUCCUCGAGAGGACACGUACAUAAGUACAAAAACACGUGAGGGUGAGGAGGAUUGAACUGUAGGCCUUCAUCCUGUGCAGUAAAUCACCUGCUUCAUAAACCUGGUCAGUUGUUUGUAAACUGUAAAUUGAUUCUUUCUGUACAUGAGACAAAAUAGAAAUAAAUUUGUUCCCACGGUCA